GUGAAGGGGGGGCGGGAUCUGAACAUGGCGGCGGUGGUAGCUGCUACGGCGUUGAAGGGCCGGGGGGCGAGAAAUGCCCGCGUCCUCCGGGGGAUCCUCUCUGGAGCCGCAGCUAACAAGGUUUCCCAGAACAGGAGCAGAGCACUGCAGAGCCAUAGCUCCCCUGAGUGCAAGGAGGAGCCUGAAUCCCUGUCCCCUGAGCUGGAAUACAUUCCCAGAAAGAGAGCCAAGAACCCCAUGAAAGCUGUGGGACUAGCCUGGUACAGCCUGUACACCCGCACCUGGCUUGGGUAUCUCUUCUACCGACAGCAGCUGCGCCGGGCUCGGAAUCGCUACCCCAAAGGCCACUCGAAAACCCAGCCCCGCCUCUUCAAUGGAGUGAAGGUGCUUCCCAUCCCCGUGCUCUCGGACAACUACAGCUACCUCAUCAUCGACACCCAGGCCCGGCUGGCCGUGGCUGUGGACCCCUCGGACCCGCGUGCUGUGCAGGCUUCCAUUGAAAAGGAGGGAGUUUCCUUGGUCGCCAUUCUUUGCACCCACAAGCACUGGGACCACAGCGGAGGGAACCGCGACCUUAGCCGGCGGCACCGGGACUGUCGCGUGUACGGGAGCCCUCAGGAUGGCAUCCCCUACCUCACCCACCCCCUGUGUCAUCAAGAUGUAGUCAGCGUGGGACGACUUCAAAUCCGGGCCUUGGCCACCCCUGGCCACACACAGGGCCAUCUGGUCUACCUGCUGGAUGGGGAGCCCUACAAGGGUCCCUCCUGCCUCUUCUCAGGGGACCUGCUCUUUCUCUCCGGCUGUGGACGGACCUUUGAAGGCACUGCGGAGACCAUGCUGAGCUCGCUGGACACUGUGCUGGGCCUGGGCGAUGACACGCUGCUGUGGCCUGGACAUGAGUAUGCGGAAGAGAACCUGGGCUUCGCGGGCGUGGUGGAGCCGGAGAACCUGGCCCGGGAGAGGAAGAUGCAGUGGGUGCAGAGGCAGCGGAUGGAACGCAAGGGCACAUGCCCAUCCACCCUGGGAGAGGAGCGUUCCUAUAACCCGUUCCUGAGGACCCACUGCCUGGCCCUGCAGGAGGCUCUGGGGCCAGGGCCAGGGGACGGGGAUGAUGGCUGCUCCCGGGCCCAACUCCUGGAGGAGCUGCGCCGGCUGAAGGACACACACAAGAGCAAAUGAUGACGCCCCCGGCCGGCCACCCCCAUCCAGGCCAUCCCCAUGGAGGGGAGCCCAGCCACCACCUGCACCUCACCAUCCUCUUAUCACUAACACACCACCACCACCACCAGUGCCCACAGCAGGCACCAUUCCCCCACACUGGUCAGGGAGGGGAGGGCCAGGGCCAUGAGACUGUCAGGAGGGUGCAGCUGAAGGCUUAGAGACCCCAGAGGGCAGCCGGAUCAAGAUGAGAGGAAGAGAGGACCCAAGACCCCAAGACAUCUUCAGACUUUGCUACCUAGGAGGGUCUCCCUCCCAUCCCCACAUCCAGGCCGAGAGCCAGGACACGAGGUUGUCUUGGCUCCCCUUUUGGAGGCCUCACUCCCACUGUAGCCCUGGAACCCAGGGCAGCAGAGCCAUGAGCAGAGUGAGUCUGUCAUCUGCCCUCCCCCAGCCAGGGUUGUCAGAGAAACUAACCCCCAAAGUGGCCUCAGGUGUGGUGCCUUCGAUGAGUGGUCAGCAAUGGGGCAGCCAGACUCUGGGUGACGGAGACUUAAGCUCCACCCAUCACCCUGCCUGACAUUCCAGGCAGAGCCUCCCUAAGAACCCCCAAGGGCUGGAAGGAGGGCUGUGGCCAAUCCCUGCCCCAGUGGCUCCCUGGAAACCUAGAGGGGGCGGGUCCUGGUUGCAGAUGCUGGGAUGCAGAGCCACACACCUUCCCUGUCCAUCUAGCCUGGGCCUGCUGCUGCCCUCUGCCCCUGCCCUGGGCCGCAAGGACCCUCCUGCUCAGGGGAGAGAGCAGCGGUUUGCCUCAGCAAUGCCUUUCUCCUGUUAGCCUUUGUUCUUAGGAAUUCCUGCUUGCCUUCCUCAGUCUCACUUAAUCCCUGUUGCUUUAUCCUCUUUGAGUUACUAAAGGAUGAUUUUUUUUUCCUUUAAUCCUGACACUCACCUAACCCAUUGCAGUUUUCCAAGAACAUUCGUUCCCAUGUGACUUCCCACUAGAUGCCAGGCCCCAUCCUGACCAGGAAGCGGGGCGCUCUGGGCAGCAAUGUGCAGAAAUCAGAACUCUGGGAACAAGGAGCUCAUGCCAGUAGCAGCCUGUGGGAGCCCAGGCCCCGGUUCUCCCUCUGCUCAGCCCUCCUCCGGCUCUGCUUCUCCUCUGGCCUCCAGUCCAGGGCCCUUUGGGGUGAGAGUGAGGAAGGGUCUGUAAGCACAGCACGCACACCUCGGCUCAGCCAGAAGCCGUGUCUCCCUGCCGGGGCCUUCUUUCAGACUGGGUCAUGCCCCCGGCCAGCCUCAUAUGCUCUCAGUUUCCUCCUCAUCGGGUCUCAGCCGCCCUCUCUAGCCCCAGCCUCGGGAACCCACUUUAGCAAUACAACCAGACUAGUUAGCCACCCCCACCCCCAACCCCCAAGACAUGCAGUUUCACGCCUCUGUGCCUUUGCUCAUGCCGUUCCUGCAGCUGGAAUGCCUUCCCGCUCCUCCUGCCUGCUCUCCUCUCCCAGGCUCCCCCCAGGAAGGCAUCCUUUGCCCCUCCCCUCCAGGCUUCCUCUGCACCUUGUAAAUGCUUCUCUUCUCCCCCCCCACCCCCACACCUAUCACACCGUAUUUUACUUGUUUACAUUUUUGUCUCCCCUUCUAGACUGUGAACCUUUAAGGGCAUGGACUGUAUCUUAUGCAUCUCUGUCUUUCUGCGCCUAGCACGGUGCCUGGCACACAGUAGGCGCUCAAUAAAUGUUGAAUGAAUGAUUUAACCAA